UCACCAUCCCUCACCCUGCCUCACCCUCUCUCUCUCUCUCUCGCUCGCUCUCUGCAUCCUCCAGCAUCCGACAGAAGAGAGGAGGAAAAACAGGGAACGAGAUGAACUGAAGGAGGAGAAGAAGAAGACGAGAGAUGUGUUCACAGUGACGUUCGUUCGCCCACAGUAGGAUCCCCGCCCGUCUCUCUCACACCAUGAGCAUCUUAGCUCUCUCACCCGUGGCCCCCGAGCCCCCGUCCCCCAUGAUCACCUCCGUCACACCCGUCACCCCGACCCUGGACCCCCGCAGCUCCACCUGCCCCACUGCCCGUCUCAGCCAGGCUCUGGAGAACCAGUCCCAGGACAGGGCCUCCUCGCUGGGCCCCGGCCCGAGCCAUGGACCUCAUCUGGGUGGAGACCCCUCCAAGAGGUCAAAGAAGCCUCCGCCCCUCCACACCGGCGCCGACUGGAAGGUGGUCCUCCACCUGCCGGAGAUCGAGACGUGGCUGAGAGCGACCAGCGACCGGGUGACGCAGCUGACUCACUCUGCGGGACAGGACGGGGACAACAGACACGUGGACGUCCACCUGGUGCAGCUCAAGGACAUCUGUGAGGACAUCUCAGACCAUGUGGAGCAGAUUCACGCUCUGCUGGAGACGGAGUUCUCCCUGAAGCUUCUGUCCUACUCCGUCAACAUCAUCGUGGACAUCAGGACGGUGCAGCUGCUGUGGCACCAGCUCAGAGUGUCCGUCCUCGUCCUGAAGGAACGUCUCCUCCAGGGUCUGCAGGACUCCAACGGGAACUACACCCGUCAGACGGACAUCCUGCAGGCCUUCAGCCAGGACCAGCAUCAGACUCGUCUGGAUGCGCUGACCGAGGUGGACGACUGUGGUCAGCUGACCAUUCGCUGCAGCCAGGACUACUUCUCUCUGGACUGUGGGAUCACCGCCUUCGAGCUGAGCGACUACAGCCCGGGUGACGAGUCCGAGGCGCAGGGAGCAGAACCAGACGACCAGGACCCCCCCCAGGACCAGGAGCUCCCUCGGGACCAGAGCCCCCUCCCAGACCUGGGGUCAGUGGAGAGCGAAGGACCCUGCCCCUCAAACCCAGAGCUCUGCAACAGUUUACCUGAGCUCACCACGCCUGGUGACUUCAUAAACCACAACCAUUCUCCAUCAUUAUUACCCAUAAUUCAGUGUGGCACGCCUGGCCACAGUGAAGGUGUCAAGCGCCCCCUGCAGGGCGUGAGCCACAGCACCGAGGUGUCACCCACUCAGCCAUCAGUCCCCAAGAGAGCGGCCCUGUACUCAGACAGAAGAACCAGGAGCGAGCACACAAGGGGAGGUUCAGGGAAGGUCAGCCCGCUCUCUGGCCUCCAGUUCCAGGCCGAGCUGAGUCGAAGCACCCCCUCCCUCAUGGAUCCUCCAGACCGCUCCAAGUUCUGGUUGGAACUGGACUCGGUUUAUCCGGAAAAUGUGUCACAGUCCUACGAGAGCCUGCAGGUCAUGAACGGGCGAAACCUGCGGAGAAACCACGAGAGCUCCAGACACGGUGGAGGUUUCGAGGGGCGCAUGCAGAGACCGCUGCCCGACCAGAGGAGCUCAUCUGUGGCCGGACCGAACCUCAACGCCCCCCUGCCUCCACUGGAGCCUGUGUCUCAGGAUGAAAUAUCAAACCAAAUGGAAAGGACGCAGAAGGAGACACAUGCACACAGCGAGGGGGACUCGGACUCCUCGUUGCCCUCACCCAUGAGGGAGCAGCUCCUCCUUUCAGACCUGGAGGCGUCUAGAGAGGAGUCGGACCCCAGACCACCUCCCGGCAAGACGGCGGUCUGGAUCGUGAAGCGCCAAGAGCAGAAGGGGGCGCUGGUUUCACCCAGAGCCAGUCCAGACCGGGAGCACUGGUAUGGGUCAGAAGAGUUCCUGGCUCUCCCCGCUCAGCUCCGGAAGACGGAGAUGCUCACUAUGAAACUGGAGAGUCUGGCUCAGUCCAUCCCGAUGCGACCCGGUGACUCCGACCCGGAGGCGCUGCAGGACGUGGACGACUGGGACCUGACGGAGCUCAACACAGACUGGGACACCGGGGACAAUGUGUCCAGCGUGGGCGAGAGCGGGGACGACAAUCCCUCUCCUCUGCCGCCACUGCUUCCUUACAGACGACACCUGGUCUGCCGCUUUAGCCCCACCUCCUCCAGUGAUAUAGCGCCCUCUGUGGGCGAAAGCAUAGAGUCCGGCCCGUUAAGCGACCUUCAGUCUGAAGAGGACGAGGGGCGGGGCUCUGUGGAGGGGCGGGGCUCUGGGGAGGGGCGGGGCUCUGCGGAGCGCCCCCUGCAGCUGACAGCGUCUUUAAUGGACGGACGUGGGGGUGUGUCCCUGCUGCAGGAGCUGCUGGAGGACAUUCAGACUCAGGACAAAGACCCCGACGUCUGGAGGAAGAUCGAGUGUUUCGUGCAGCAGCUGGACGGGUUCAUCUCGUGGCUGCAGGGGGCGCUGGACAGCACCGAGAACUGGACGCAGCCCAGACAGGAUCUGGACAGCCUCGGGGUUUACCUGGACACACACCUGAGUUUCAAGAUGAACGUGGACAGUCACAGUGUUCUGAAGGAGAGCGUGGUGGAGGAGGGAAGAGCCCUGCUCGCCGUCAUCACCUCCCACCAAUCAGGUCUGAAGGAUAUCCUCCUCAUGGUUUCCAGCCAAUGGGAUCAGCUGCAGCGGCAGGUCCGGCGCCAACACGGCUGGAUGCUCCGCGCCCUGCGCUGCAUCCAGGCCCGCCUCCUCCACAGCUGCCAAUCACACGAGCUCUUCACAGCCGCCACCGAGCCGGCGGACGGCCUCAAGACUGAACUGAUCUCCAGUCAGCGCGCCGCCCUGGAGCAGAUGGCCGUCAAGCUGAGCAGCCUGCGCUACCCCUCGUCCACCAGCAGGAGGCACUACAGUCAGAUGGCCAGAAGCAACAGUCUGCAGGAGUUUGAGGCCGAGUACCAGGAGCUCUGGGAUUGGCUGAUGGACAUGGACGCCAUGGUGAUGGACAGUCACCAGCUGAUGAUGUCAGAGGAGCAGAGACAUCACCUGUUCAAGAGCAGCCACGUAGAGCUGAUGAUGAUGGAGAGCAGGAAGACGAGCCUGCUGGGCCGAGCCGAGGCCCUGAAGAGGAGCGGCCUCGAGCUGCCCAGCAACUUCCACUGCAAAGUACACAACCUGACGCACACGUGGAGGCAGAUGGAGAAAAUCUUCUCGGACCAUCCCGGUCCCAGUUCCUCCCAGCAGAACCAGUCGGCCAACGUUCACGCUCUGCUGGUGGGGGGUCGCGGGGGCGGCGGCGGCGCGGUGGAGAACCCUCGCUCGGCCCUGAGCCCGCUGACCAACUCGCUCCUGGAGCAGCUGGAGGCGCGCAUCAAGGAGCUGAAGGCCUGGCUGCGAGACACCGAGCUCCUCAUCUUCAACUCGUGUCUCAGACAAGACAAGGACGCCUCGGAGCAGCUGCAGAGCUUCAAGUCUCUGUGUGUGGAGGUGCGAGCCCGACGCCGAGGAGUCUCCUCCGUCCUGAAGCUCUGCCAGAAGCUGCUGCAGCAGAGUCAGUCGGGCCCCAUGGCGGAGGUGGGCCCCGAGGCGGAGCAGCACCGGGAGGCCCUGCAGCUGCUGUCAAUCAACCUGGAGAGGAGGUGGGAGGCGAUCGUGAUGCAGGCGCUGCAGUGGCAGAACCGACUGAAGAGAGAGCAGCAGGUUCCUGGGAACUUUCUGGAACCAGGUCUGGUCGACCUCCACCAGAUCAGCCCGGUCCCGGUUGGCCCAGCGGCCCCUGUGCCAGAGGACUCCUGGGAGUGGGAUGAAACCGACAUGACAAUCACAGAAAUUGAAACACAAGAAGAACCAGAACCCGACCUGACGCACAACUUCACCACAGAACCAGAUCUGCCUUUGGACAUUGCGCUGUCCAACGGGAAUCAACCCGAGAGGAUUCGAACCGGAGUCCCAGCCCCUCAGCGUCCUGAGAAUCUGUCCAACACCGUGACAGGGUCAUCGUCAGAGGUCCAGCCGAGGGGGACGUCCCAACCCGCCCCCCCGAACAACAAUAACAUCUACCAGGUCUACAGCCUCCACAGCGUAGAACUAUUCAGACAACCGCAGUUUCCUCUCAGUUCGUCCUCUCUGCACAAAACCAAAUCAGGAAAACAGAAACAGCAACUCCUGCUGAAGAGCCUGAGUAAAGACUCCUCUUUCUCCUCCAUCGAAUCCCUCACAGACCUCCUGGGAGGUUCGAUGUCAAACAGCCGAGGAGGAGAUACGAUCAGUGGAUACCUGGAUGGAGAGGGUGAGAGGGAAGGUGGCAGAGGAAGUGGACAGUCGGCAAACAGUCGUCGGUCAGAGUGCGAGAGCGGAAUCGUUAGUGAUACAGGAGAAACAGAGACAACGACCAACUCUGAAAUCCAGGAAGAGGAGAAGGAGAAGGAAAAUGAGGAAGAUGAGGAAGAUGAGCAGAGGAAGGAGGAAACUGAUUUGACUGACUUGUGCAAAGACGUCACCAAGUACAACCAAAGAAACAAGACAGAGGAUAAGAAAGAGAAAGGAUGGAGGAGGGAUGAAAACAGAGCUGAAAGUAGAAGGAACAGAGAGGAGGAGAAGAGGAGGAGGCACAGGAGGGGAGGAGGGGAGGCGGUUGAGAUCCUGAUGAACAGGCGAGGGAUCCUGACGCCGACGGACUCUGACUCCGACUUUGAGGCAGGAGGACUCGGUGUGGACUCCUCAAAGCCCUUCGUGUCUCGCAGUCCCAUCCCAGGGUUGAAAGUUGACCAGCUCAGCAGUUUGGAGUCGUCCCCGGCUCUGAGCCGCCGGGCGUCCAGUCCCCUUCUGUCUCAGGGCUCCUCCCUGGAGUCUCUGCUGGCGCUGGGGGGGGAGCUGUUUCCCUCCAAAGACCCGUUGCAUCGUAGCGCCUCCCUGGAGAGCUGCCUGGCCCCGUGUCGCGGCACCGAAGGGGAGAACGGAGGCAGCCUGGCCAGCCUCGGGGAGCUGGACCUGGGGCCCAGCAGGGAGGGGGGGGGAGGACAGCAGGGGGAGGACAUGAAGACUGAACAUGUGCAGGGAGAACCAUCCUCGGGGGAGCUGAGUCGUAGAACCCUUGAUCUCCUGAAACGCCUGGAGAACAUCCAGAGUCCUCUGAUGGCAAAAAUGACCCGUAGUGUUUCUGACAUGACGCUCCGGGGGAGCUCCCCACCGCGGGGUCGAAUCCCUGCCUCUCCUUCCUUUGGUGGUCGACCCACACCCCUCUAUGAAAUGUCGAGCUCUUCACGGAGAGGGCCUCCAUCCCUGAUCAACGAGAGCUCGGCCACAGCAUCUCUGACCGAGCUGAGCAGCACCGAGGACUCAUCUGUCGGGUCGGAGGAUUUCGCUUUGCUCAGAAACCAGCGGCGCCAGUUCCUGGAUCCCAACAUGGCGGCAAAUGCAAACUCGGGCUCUUACAGGAAACGUGGACCCGGAAACAGCCGAGGAGGACAAUCGAUGGAUGAAGCGGAUGCGGCGAGCUUGAGCAUGGUGGUGAACGUGUCUUGUGCUUCGGCGUGCACGGAUGAGGACGAGGACGACAGCGACCUCCUGUCCUCCUCCACGCUAACGCUCACUGAGGAGGAGCUUGGCGUGCGGGACGGAGAGGACGAGGAGGAGGGGAGGUUGAGCUACGUCUCCUCAGGUAACGAGGACGAUGAGGAGGAGAUGGAGGGCUCUUACGUUCUGGGACUGGAGUACAUGAGGAGCGAGCUGCAGAGCUGGAUACGAGCUCCUCGCACCUCCUCUAAAACUGAGGCAGGUCUCAGGGACGAGCUGCAGUGUGGAACCCACCUCUCCUCCUUCAGCACCUCCUCUCACAACAAGGAGCAGCAGGUUUUCCUAAACCGCUCAGCUCCCAAACUCAUAGAGACCAGCACCAACAGUGGCAACGACAAAAAGAAGAGAGAGAAGAAGGAGCAGGAGGACGAGGAGGAGAACAGGAGGAAUGUAACGAGGAGCUACAUCAGCCAGUUUGUAGACGACGUGGAGAACGGGAACGUGGAUCAGAGCUGUUUGAAGGGGAAAGAUGAAGAUGACGAGCUCCUCCGAGAGGAGUCGAGUGUGUUCACAAAGAAAGGGGAGUCGCUGAGGGAGUCGUACGGGUUUGCUCCGACGGGGGAGUCGGUUCGGGACGUUGGCGGCUCGAUCGUGAAAACGGAAUCCAGCUCAACGAAGCAGCUUUCUUCACCUCCCGCCCGCGACCUCCUCCCGUUCAGACGGGCCUCCUCCUUGGUGGGACAGCUGCAGGGAGAGCUGCCCUGCCACAGCUCCUCCCUCCCCUCGCCUCUGUCCCUCUCCCCCGUCGAGGACUGCAGGUCCCAUGAUGCAUUGCACAGCAGCAGGCCAGAGGCAGGCGGCAGAAAGGCCAUCACCAUUCAGGAAAAGUUCAAAUUCUCCUCGUUUGUGACGGAGGAGACGAGGAGGGAGGUGAGGGACAAGGAAUCGUCCUUGCCUCCCAAGAAACGGCGCGGUUGUCAAGCGUCCUGCCACGACCACCGUGCUUCGUCCUCGUCCCUCCGUGCGUCCAGCGUGGACGAGGGCAAGACAGAGAACGUGCACGACUUUGUGAUGGAGAUUAUUGACAUGACCUCUCUGGCGCUGAGGAGCAAAGAGAAUCAGCCUGAAGACCUGAGCCAGGUGGAGGUCGGCGGGUCGAGUCCAGACCAGGGCCCCGCCUCCCUGACACAGAUCAGAGACAAGGUGCUGGAACACUCCCACCGGCCUCUCCACCUCCGUAAGGGAGACUUCUACUCCUACCUGUCGCUCUCCUCCCACGACAGCGACUGUGGCGAGGUCAGCCAGUGCUCCGAGGACAAGAGCUCCUCCCCCGCGCCGUACAGCCUCCCCUCCUACGCCUCCCCCCCCCCCACACAGGGCCUCCGCAGCCCGAGCCCGGGGCUGUUCACCAGCGCCCGGCGGCAGAGCGGCUCCCCGACGAGCCUCGACUCCAGGAACGACCUCCACGCUCUGGAUCUGAGGUCGGCCCACAGAGAAGCUAACGGCUCGGAGCCCACCAGCCCCUCCCAGUCCCUGCCCCCCAGCCCCGACAUCCGGGACGAGGAGACGCUGUUCGCAGCCUGCACCGAGGAGGUGUACCUGGGCCCGCCUCUCUGCUACAGCAUGGUGCUCACCAGGAAACCACGGACGCCGCGGCUGAAGGAGAACCAGCCGAGGAACCUGCCCUCCUCAGAUGAUACGUAUUUGACUCCAGGGGGGCCGCCUUCAGAACCCGGGGGUGUGAGGAGCCACUUGUGUCCCUCAGAGGAGUCAGUGUUGGACCAGACCCAGCGCUCCUUCCUUCCUCUCCUGGAGCCUCGUUACACCUCCUUCUCCACCUCCUCGCCCUCAACCACCAUCCCCGCCUCCCUCCAGGGGCCCGGCCGCCAGCCAAGAGACGACACCCCCCCCUCUCCUCCUGCCGUGUCCUCUGGCGCCGGGCGAGAGAGGCAAGGUGAGGACUGGCACCUCCUCUGUGAUGUCGCUGGGAGAGAAGUGGCGAGUGUCAGUGCGCCGCAGGAGCAGAGGAGUCGUAACGAGGCGCCUGCUUAUCUUAAUCCCCGGGCACGUGUCGGCCCGAUAGACUCCUCCGCAGCCCCGUGUUUGGAAGAUACUAAAACGCUUGAAUCCAAUAUGGGCCCCGUAAUGACCGAGAUAAGUGUCUGCGGCUCCGCUACAAAUCCCUCAAAAGAGCCGGGCGCCACGCGUAUUAAUCCCAAAAUUAACUGCCCGCCGAUGAGGGAGGCAGAUAGGGGGGGGGAGGAGGAGGGGGGGCGGCGAGGAGGAGACGCUCGGCGGGUGAAGCGGGAGGAGAAGACGACGAGAGGGCGGAGCGGCUCGCAGCAGGAGGCGAGGGCGGUGCCGGCAAAGCAGGUCAGCGCUCAGUCGACUGUCACUCACAGCCCCAGAGCGGCACAGGGGCGGAGCCAGGCCUCAGUGAGACACCCCCCCUCGAGGGCGGGGCCAGUGAGGCGACUACCUGUGCCGGGAGCUGGAACCUCCGGGAUCCAGCUGUAGGGGGCGCUCUCUGCGUCCCCCCCCCCCCCCCCCCUGCUGAGCCUCUCUCUCUCCCGGGCUCCGACCCUCCGGCUGCCUCCUCUGAUCUGAGCUGAUCUCCACAGAGCGGACAGAGAGCUCAGGGUGACCUUCACUCCACGUUCCCAGGGAUGAACUGUGGAUUCUGAUAUUUACAAAACUGUUCCAGCCUCGUUAAUGAAAGAGUUAGGAAAUAAAACAUGUAGUGAACUUAUAUCCAAGCAUUUAAAUGUCAUUAUCCGGUUGUUAGACAAACAGUGAACUGAGCUCACAGGCAGGGGGGGGGGGGGUGUCUCCAAGGUCACAGGUCAGACAUUGAAACUGGGCUGAACAGAAAAACACAUUUCCAGUCAGAACAGAAUCCGCUCCAUCUUCUCAGGCCUGGUGCACACGAGAGGAUUUCAAACACUUCAAAACCUACGACUCCACAGACACGAUGACAGAUUUAAUCAAUUAUUAAAAUCAUAUUCAUUAAAAACACAGUAACUGGACGAUUUGACCGGAACAUCGUGAUUCUAGAGACUCGAACGUGACUUCAGAAGAGAAACUAACAUGGAGGAGGAUCGAAUGCAAAACGUGGAGCGAGGGUUUGAAGCUCGAGCUGAGUUGUAUACGUUGUUUUUUUUGUUGUUGUUUUUAUUAGCUGCUGUAAAAGUAAACAACAUCUGGUUGGUCACUCUUCCCGCUCAGCUCGCUCCCAUUGGCUGUCGAGGGGUCAUGACCCAACAUGGUUGAUAUUCACGAUUCGAGAUCCGACACAAUCUGUAGCUUUAAGAUUAUUUCGAUAGUUCCCUGAUAGUCGGAAGGGGAUGAAUCUAAAUUGGCCCAGUUUGUCCUUGAGUGCGCACCAGCCCCAGUUUAAUCACCCAGUAUGUCCAGUAGGGGGGGAAUGUGAGUCGGCUGCUGCUUCACGCUCUCACAGACCUUCUGUGUUUUCUUAUUGACUUAUUGAGGUGGAGUUUGUCUGGUUCAGGUUCUUCUGGUUGUUUUCUGGAGCUACCUCAGUUCUGCUUCUGCUGGGACACACACGUCUUCAGCCACUUUGCAUGAGCUUUAACUUUCACUCACUGUUCGUCUGAAUCAACCUGUUGUCUUAUCAACACACGGUGAAAGUGCAGUGUUGUAGCACAGGUAGCAUGUUCUCAGUCUGUAGCUGGAGCUGACGUCAGUGUUCAUGUCAAUGUGCUGGACAGCUACACAGCUACAUGUCAUGAGACUCAGUGGACGGACGAUAACAUCUCAUCUCACAGCCGGAGCUUCUCCAGACGCAUCAAGUCAACUUAACGUGUUUUAUGUAGAAAGAUCCACACACACAUCAGUGUAAUCAGCUUUAUUGGAGUUCAACAUAAAACUUUACACGAUAAGAAGUAAAGUUAACUUAUAAUUUACAGUAGAUGCUGAAAUAGAAGUGUAUUAUCGUGAGUGUAACACGAGUUGAGGAUUGGACAACGUCGUGGUUCUCGUUUGAUCUUUAUUUUGAAGGAGGAUCACAGGAAGUCAGAGCUGGAACUGCUGAGAGAAAGUUCAGUAUCUGUUUAUUUAGAAUCAUUUGAUCAUUUUAUACCAGUUUGAGGAGAUUUUACUCCACAACAGGUGUAAACUGGACUUUAUGAGUCAGAUACACAGAAAUAUACACAGAAUGUUCUGAAAAUCAUCAAAUCAGAAAUCAGAGGCUCCCUAUGCUCCUCUGUGAAAUUAACUUUUAUUUAAUUGAUUUGUUUCGUAAAGAAUUCUGCUUUGCAUUGUCAGUCCCUAGCCAGUAGGGGCUGCUGCCGCCGUCGUAGUGAAGUUUGUUGAAAGUUACAAGUGUGAACUCUCCCCUCAACUUCCACCUGAUCGUGACCACUACUUUACUCAAGAGGCAGGGAUUGGUCGAUCCCCAGUGAACACUCUCAUUGGUCGAGCGGGUUGGAUGAACCUGAAAUAUUUGCUACGCUAGCUCGACUGAAGUGAAGCCCCCCCCCCCAAAAAAAAUAUAUGUAAAAUCAAAACAACAUUUUUGUCUAUGCAACACGACCAAAGUUGGCGAACGCUGGUGUGGUGUUGUUGUGUAGGCGUUGAGGUGUGAUGACUGUUGGCGAGGACGUGUGUUGUUGUUAAUGCUGUACGUACAACACGACUGUAACAUGUGUUGAUUUCUUUUUUUAUUCUCCUGAGACGAUGAUUAGCAGUUAACACUGGGGUUUGGGAUUGGUGUUGAGACGGGUGUGUGUGUCUGUGUGUGUGUCCGUGUGUGUGUGGGACAAACUAGGGUUUAAAAUCUUUAAACUAUAAUUGUGUGCCUUGCUCUACUGUUACUACUUCGACCUUUUCUUUAGUGAAGUCAAACCACUGCUUCGGUGAUGAAAACAUGCAACGACAUAUUCAAAAUGAGAAUCAAACAGUUUAAUGCGAGGUUGAUGUUGAACCUGUGUAAAUAUGUAAAGGUGUGAAACCUCGGUGUGACGCGCAGGGGGAGGAAUGCUUGGUGUUUGUGUUUAUUUAUGUUUUGUGGUCUGUGAUGUGAAAUAUCUUUAUUAUUAGUAUUGGCCAUAAAGAGCUUGACUGCAUGGAUCCUGCUGAAUACAAUGUAAAACCAACUGUUGACAAAUAAACUUAAUUUAUUGGAAAAAUAAAAAAA